ACUAAGACCAUCUGUCCCUUGAACCGGUUUUAUAGAUUAUAUUAUAUUAUAGGUAUAUAUGUAUGUUUCAUAUUCCAUAAAACACAAGUUAUAUUUCUCUUUCAAUUCUUAACACGUAAAAAUUGUUUCAGACAAGCUGUACGUCGUUCAGUUCAACAUGGUUAGACCUUCCGUUAUAAUUUUUUUACUAUCAACGGCGACAUUUGUCGCUUGCUCUUUUGCAAAUGUUUUGUAUCCGGUGGAGAGUGAAAGCCGUGAAUUACGUACAUUACAUGGCUUGUGGAACUUUAAGAUAUCUCCACCAUCUGAUCAAUCAAUUGGUUUUGACAACAAAUGGUAUUCUGUGCGAUUUGAAACGGUAAGCUAUAACAUAUUAAUAUAAGUUCACAAAAUACUUUUAGUGCAAAUAUUUAAAAAAAUAUAACAAAAUCAUGAGUCACAGCCGGGUUUGGAAUUUAAAGCACAAAGAAUCAACCAAAAUAGCAUUUAAAAAUGUAUAACAAAAUAAUAAAGUAAAAGCAAAAUUAUUAAAAUGGUUAAUACUCGUAAAUAAAUAUAUAAAUAAAAAAAUGUGUACAUAAAAAUAAAAUAAAUAAAUAAAUGAAUGCGUCGUCUGGAGUAUUAUGAUAAGUGUACUUUACGACCGGUUUCGAAUAAUACACUUAUCAUAAUACUCCACACGACGCAUUCAUUUAUUUAUUUACUUUGUUUUUAUACAUACAUUUUUUAUUUAUAUAUUUAUCUACUAUUUUUAAAAAUUUAAUUGUGAUCCCUUAAAAACCGUAAUAAGUUCUAUUAGCUUUGAAAUACGCACUUAUAAAAAACGAAAAAAAAGUAAAAAGCAUUUUUUUUUUCAAAACUAUCGAAAUUAGUAAAAUAAACCACUUUCUAAUUUCAUAUUUGAAUUUUUAAAUCGUUUUAAAAAUACACUCACAGAUUUGUAUUACCCUAUAUCAAGGCGAUGACUGACACGAUAAGUAGACAAAAUAUAUUUAAGGAAAUUAAAGUUGCUAAAGUAAUAAGCUCUUUCGAGACAGUGUACAAUUUUUCAAACAUUUUUACAACGUUCUGUCUAUUUUUCAGUUAUUUACUGGCAUUUGAAAUGUUCGAAUAUUUUAGGUUUUUAUUCGAUUUCAUGUGACGCAAGUUGUUAUGAUCUAGAGGAAAUGGUCGAAAAUUUACUACAAGGUUUAUCAUGAAUUACAACUAGUGAUAAAAAAAUGUUUGUAGUGCGUAAUCAGUAACUUUUUUAUAUGCGUUCAAAGUUAAAAUUUUAAUAAAAAUAUGCACUGAUUCCACUUAAAAUAAAUAUGUAGUAGAGAUAUUCAACAAUUUCUGACGAAUUAGUUAAGGUACGAGGUCUCCCUAAAACCCCCCCAAUUAAUAUCUAUCUGCUAAUACAUACAUAAAAUUAUUUUACUACAGAUAAAAAUAAUUAUUUUAUUACAGUAGUUGUUUCUGUUAUAUUUUUUCAGUUGGGUGAUUAUUGGAAAAUGCCUGUACCAUCUAGCUAUAAUGAUGUAACUGUAAAUUCAACCAUUCGAGAUUACGUAGGUUGGUCUUGGUAUCAGUAUGAGUUUUAUGUACCAAAAAGAUGGUCCGAUGAUCAGCUUAACGUGUUUGUACGGUUUGGCAGUGUGCAUUUCAAAUCAAUUGUGGUGGGCACUAUUUUGUAAUACUUUUUUUUUUUACUUUAACAAAAAACCUCAUCAGCAUUUAGAUACUCAUUCUCAGUCUAACUAAUGUGAAACAUAUUAUAGUAAAAUUAAAAUACUUAGAAUUUUAACUGAGGUGUUUGAACAUAGAGUUUAAACACAGAUAACGACAUUUAAAGAGGCUAAUAUUUUAAAAAGCAUUAUUUAAUAAUUUCCUUUUUACUAAAAUUAUAUUUUAGAAAAGAACAAUGGAAAAUAAUAAAGUAACAGCUAUGGUAGAUAUGCCUUUUUAAAGGUUAGUUAACAUUUUAAUCCGGGGAUUUUAAUUCGAUGAGAUAAUUUUGAUCAGUUUUGAAAAAAAAAAUAAAGUUUUUUAAUCGGAUUAAAAAGUCCUCAAAACGAAUCAAAUUGUCCCCAGGUCAAAAUGUUUCUUACUCUUUUUAAAUGGCUAUAACUUUUCUGUUUGACAAUAUUCAAGACAGAAAGCAAUGUGAUGCACUGGUGCCCUCCAAAAUAUUUCCCUAUUUUUAGUUUUAGCUUCUGAGUAGAGUUGAAAUAUAUUGGUGUUCCUGUGACGAGAGCGAUUUUUUGUGUGUGUGAACAACUUUUUUACUAGAUAUCCAGUAUCAAUCAAAAGAUGACUAAUAUUUUUACUAGCCUUUUCUAGAUGCGAAAAAUUGUCAAAAUAUUCUAGCUAUUUUUAAGUUAUUAACUUAUUAAGUUGUUAUUAAGUAUAUAAUAUUUUCGAGUUCUCUUAUUUUUAUUUUGUUAUAACUUUUACGUUGAUAAACUGUUUUAGUCGAGUGGAAAUAAUUAAACAUGUUACAUAACGUUAAUCUUAAGUACUGUACUUAAUAGCAAAAAAAAGUUAAACGUUAUUUUUUAAGUAAUUAUAAAAUUCAAAUUUUAAUAGAAACCGUAAAAAAUAGCACGAAAUUUCCGGUAUUAUUUUUCAUUGGUAAAAAUCACGACAUUUUGAAACAUGUUUAACGGAACUUCGUAGAAUAUACAGAUACUUGUACAGUUAUAAAUUAAAUAACUUUAUGCACAAUGUUCAUUGUACUCUACCUUUGCCACCACUACGUCCUAUUCGUGUUUUGUUACGUUAUUAUUAAAAUUGUUUAAUCUACCCCCUCCCUUAAACAACCCUUGGAUCUGUAAUUACACUCACCAGCAGUAUUCUUUUGCGAUUUGUGUUUAAAUUCGAAUUUCAAUUUAAAGUCCAAAUUUUAAAUUAUGUUUAUAGUAUAACGUAUAACCCUAGUUUAUAUCUAUAAAAUAGCCAUGGAAUUACAAUAAUGCUGAAAACUGCAAUGCGCGUAGCCACGUAGUGAUAAUAAUAAAUAUACCUACACCUUAUGCAGAGUGUUUAACAAGUAUGUGGCAAUUUAUGGUAAACAAAUAUUAUAUUAUACGUUCUUAUUAUUAAUACACUAUGUUGGUAUGUAUACUAUAACAAUAGUGUAUGAUUGCAGUGGUUAAACGGUCAAUUAUGCGUUGAUCAUGAAGGAGGACAUUUACCGUUUAUCGGUGAUGCUUCUCGUCUUCUUAAAUACGGCGAAUAUAAUUUAAUUGUAGUUGCUGUAAAUAACACCUUGAGACCAGAUACCAUACCCCAAGCAUUUACUACAUUCCCAAACAACAGUUACAAGUAAUAUAUAGGACGUCAUCCUAAAUACAAACUUAAAAAUUACUUUUAGUUUUUUUAAAUACAUAUUAUGUUACUUAUAAUAAUUUAUUUGUAUUACAAUUACAGGUAUCCAAAAGGAUAUAGAAUAUAUUCUCAUAAUUUUGACUAUUUUGAUUAUUCUGGCAUAAACAGAGCAGUCCAAUUAUAUACGACACCAAAAGUUUAUGUUUGUGACAUCACCAUAUUGACUAGUUUUGGGAAUAAUUCAGAAGGUAUAAUAUGUUUCAUUUUUUUUAAAAUCUAAAAUCGUAAAUUAAAAAGACGUCCUAAGAUAAUGGGGACGGGUAAUGUAAAUCUUUUAGCAAUGAUUAACUAUUGUUAACGAAAAGACGAUUCUGAGCGGAGUUCAGUUGAUAGUGACGCUUUGUCAAUAAUAUAUAUAUAUAUAUGCCAUAUUAUAGUAAAAUAAUUAAAUAGGUAUUAUAUAUUAUUUUUUUAAUAAUAUUUGUUACACUCUCCCAUUUUCUACCAGUUUUUUUCGGUGUUUUAUUUAUUGAGAAGAAUCUGGAGAAAAUUGAAAAACGACUUCUUUAAGUACCUCCCCAUGCCAAUUUUCUUUCAGAAAAGAUGCCACACAUAAAAAUCGGAGCAAGUUCUCUGGUAGGAAAGUUGUCCACAGAUGAAAAAAAAAAGAUAUCUUUGUAAAACCAUAAGCUUCUUCGCUCCACUCAGAAUCCAAAAUUUGACUGAAUUAAAUUAUAGGCGAUUCGAAUGAAAAUAACAUUUUAAACUAAUAAAUAUUUAAAAUUUAAUUUUUGUAAAGGUAUAGUUUUAUUUUUAUUUUUUACUUUAAAAAAUUUAAUUAUCUUUUAAAGGGGUUGUUGAUUAUAAAGUAGAUAUUUGUGGAAAAAAUGAAUCUGGAUGUAAUAUUACACUUUUGGAUGCUAAUCGAAAUGUAGUAGCUCAAUCUAAUGCGUGUUCUGGACAACUUAUUAUUCCAAAUGCAAUCCCUUGGUGGCCAUUUAUGUCAGGAAAACAAUAUAUUGCCUACUUAUACACAUUCCAGGUAUUAAACUAUGCAAAAUAUUUAUCAAUUUAUCUAUAUUUUGAAUAACUAUAAAAUGAUUAUAUCAAAAAAUGUUGUUAUUUUAUUAAUGUCUUUUUUUUUUUAGGUAAAAACUGACAAUGAAAACUCUGACUAUUAUCGAAUGAAAAUCGGUAUUCGAACUCUUCAAUGGACAACAAAAGAAUUAUUAUUAAACAAUGAACCAGUUUAUUUGAGAGGAUUUGGAAAACAUGAAGACUCUAUAGUAAGUUAUUAUAAAAUUAUUUAUAUUGAAAUAUAAAAUUAAAAUUGAAAUAGUAUAAAAUUCAAAUUACCAAUAGGUGAAAAUUCACGAAUUAUUAGAUUGUUUCUCAUAAUUAUUUUUAUCUUUACUUUGACUUAUUUUUAUUAGAAUUGAAACACAAUUUUUAAUUCUUUAGGAAAUGUAAAAAAAGGUAUUUAAAAUGCAAAAUAAUUGUAUUUUUAGGUUAGUUUAGGUUAGGUUAUAUCUUUAUUUACCUGGACGCGUACGACAUCGCCGGUCACACAGUUUUUAGGAACCUUGAGUGGGCGGAGGAGAGGAGCGGUGUCCGGGGAUUUGACGGUAGUCGAGAUUCUCUGCAGCCAGUGGACAUCCACAUCCUGUUUUGUAAUCUCGAAGGGCUGUGUAACGACCCCAUUACGCCCGACUCUAUCAAAUUUUUGGCUAUGGCAAGCCGCGGUUUGGAGGUUUUCCUCGUCAUACAUGAUCUAGAACUCUAGUCGAUAAAGUGGAAUAAGUAGAAAUGGUGGAAUAGUAGGGUAGACCAAACCGAGGAAAUCAAUGCUAACGGCCUAACGUGACCCCCAUUCCCGAUUCGGCGGAGCUACAUGGGUGAAAAAAAAUAUGGUUAUAAUUAUUAAAUAAUUUAUAACCUUUUAGAUUCAGAGUGGAGCGAAGAAGCUGUGGUUUUACAAAGAUGUUUAUUUAUUUUUGUUUUUUCUGUAGACAACUUUUCUACCAGAAAUCUUGCUCCGAUUUUUAAGUGUAGCACUUUUUCUGCAAUGAAACCAGAUUAGGGAGGUACUUUAUAGAGAUCAUUUUUGAUUUCCCUGGGAGUUUUCCCAACAAAUAGGAAUAACCGGGAAAAAAAUGGGAAAAUCGGUACAAUAUUAAACAAAUAUUAUUAAAGAAAACUAUUUUACCAUAAUAUGACAUAUAUAUAUUGUUGACAAAGCAACACUUGCAACUGAACUUCACUCAGAAUCGUUUUUUUCGUUAGCAAUGGUUUAUCGUUAAUUAUAGAUAUAGUAUAUUAAAUUCCCUUCUGUAUCCUACCUUGUAACUUUCCACUUACAACAGAGGCUGCACCCACGUGCGAAAUAUGUCCAUCGUUUUUAUUAUUGCAUUGCCAUAAAUAUAAAAAAUUAAUAUUAUUAUUAUUACAAUAAACCUCGAACCAAGUGUUAUAUCACAGUUAGGUUAGGCGAGGAUCUGGAUCGGGCGGCUGUAUCGUCUGGAGUGCUUUUACUGUGAGAGAAACUCUACAGAUUAAAAGAAAGAUAUCUGAAAAUGUAUUUAAUUUUACUAACCUUAGAUUAUAACUAUGUCCAGUAUAAUGUAUUAAUACAAUACUGAUAUUUUAGAAAAAUAGACUAAAAUAAAAUAAAAUAUUUUGUAUUAUACCUAGAUACGCGGAAGAGGGUAUGACGAUGUAUUAAGUAGUAGAGACUAUUAUUUAAUUAAAUGGUUAGGCGCUAAUUCUUUUCGUACAUCGCACUAUCCAUACGCAGAAGAAACAUUACAGCAAGCUGAUGAAGAAGGUAUCAUGGUCAUCGUGGAAGCCGCUGCGUGUAGUUUGAGGUCUUUCAUAUAUAUUUAAUAUAGUAAUACACAGAUUAUAGGUAUCUAGUUAUUUAAAUUCAAUAAUUUAAUUCUUUUAAUAUUAACUGUUAAAAGUAUAUUCGGACCAAAUUUAUUGAAAUUCCAUAAGCGUAUGAUGACGGAAAAUGUCAAUCGGGACAAAAAUCAUCCAAGUGUCAUUAUGUGGUCAAUAGCCAAUGAGCCCCAGAAUCAAUUAAAUUCAUCUAUAUCGUAUUUUAGGUGAGUUUUAUUUUAACGAAUUUAAAGAAAAACCAAUAAGCUUACAUAAUAAUACUAUAUCAUAUGGUGAUAAACUUCAUAUUUAUUUGUAAAUAUUAACUAGGGCAGAAGACUUGUAGCAUAUGCAUAUAUUUUUGCACAUUAAUAAAAAUAGCAGAGUACGAAACUAAUUCAUUAUUUAACAAAUCUAGUUUUGAAAUUUUUUUUUGUAUAUAAAUGCAUAUUUCGAGUUUUUUUUAUUUUAGAGCAUAUUUAUUUCAUUUUAUACUUUUAGAAGCCUAUUUUAAAUAAUUUAUCAUUUCAUCAAUAUAUUUCCGCCAACGUUAUAAUUUCAUCUUAAAUACAACUAAAAUAUUGUUGAAUUUAAAAUUAAUUAAACUUAUAUUGUAUAGAUAGGUAUUAUGGUUGUUUUAUAAUCAUAUAAUAUAGUUUUUUCUUGAAACACAUCUCGAGGGUCGCCGAUUAGAUUCAUUUUAUUUAUAAACAGUAAACACUAACAAUUUUAUUUUUUAGAACCAGAAGAAGAAUUUUAAAUAAAUCAAAUUUUAUUAACAAUUUUAUAAAAAAAUGAUGAAAAAAAAUAUAAGAGCAUAUUUGUAGUGCAUAUUAUAAAGUUUUAAGUACAUAAGUGCUUGCAUAUUUAGUGCUUUUUUAGAUCUACUAAUCCUCUGCCUUAAUAAUAACCCUUCCUUAUUUCUCUAGUCUAAAUUCAAAACUGCUAUAAUUUUAACUCAUUCCGGUUCUGAUAUUAGUGUUGUAUACAUAUGAAAAUGAUCAUGAAACCAAAUUUGUUUAUAUUUAAAAUUAUGAUAUGUGAUUCAGUAUUCGUUUUUACUCUAUUUUGUUAUUACAAAUAACAAUUUAUUUUAUAGUUGUGUGUUUUAUAAGAAGGUAUAGUUUAAAAAAUAAAAAAUAAAAUAAACCACAAAUAUAGAAAUUAAAAAAAAAAAAAUCUGAAACUGUUUUUCAAUUUUUUUUAAAGAGAACUUUAUCAACAUGUGCGACUUAUGGAUCCAUCACGCCCAAUUACUUUUGUCAAUAGCCAACAGAUUCAAAAUGCUAAAGCGGUAAUAUUUAUAUUUGAAAGUAACUGAUUAUUUAUAGGUAAAUGGAUAAUCAAUGUUUUGGUAAUUGACUCUUUCUGUGGUAUACUUAAUGAGAAUAGUGAACAAAUACAAAUUUAAAAAAAAUGUAUACUUAAACAUAAACCAUAAUUAUAGAUUCAGUAUAUGGAUAUCCUAACAUUAAACCGAUACAGCGGUUGGUACAGCGAUUCGGGUCAUUUAGAGAUUAUUCAAUAUCAAAUGUAUAAUGAAUUAGUAGCAUUCACAACACAAUUUGAAAAACCUAUACUAAUUACAGAAUAUGGCGCUGGUUCACUAAGUGGAUUACAUUCAGUGAGGAUGGCAUUUAUUUAUUUUAAUUUGAAAUAUUUUAUAGUUUUGUACAAAUAAUUAUAAAAUUAGAAUAUUGUAAAUUUAAUUAAUUAAUCUUCUAAAUUUGUUUGAAUAAAACUAAAUGUAUUAUAUUAUAGGUACAUAUUAAGAUAGGUAAAGAAAGGUCAAAUAUUAAUAUUAAUAUACCUAAUCAAUAUUCUAUAGCGAGUUGUAAAUAAUAUUAUUAUUUUGAAGUAUAAUGUAAAAUUCCUAUUACUUAGGUUAUAUGAAAAUUGUUGAUAAUAAUAUAAUUAAGGGGAUGGGUGCGAUUUUCACGGAAAUGUCCUUUGCUUAAAAUGCUUCUUUGAACUCAGAGACCUCUAUACUAUAUGUAUAUGUAUACAAUUUUAGUUCGAAAUUUUAAUAAUAGAACACUGCAGAAGCGUUUACGUGAUUGUGCGUAGAUGACUUUCUUACAUAGAACCAUUUACAUAUGUACGUUAUAUUUAUAAAUAAUAUCGUUUUAAUUUUUCUAUGAUUAAAAAAUAGUAUUACGGAGUACCUUGUUAUUUUUCGUUGUAGAUCAAUAUAUUUGGUAAAAACCAUUUCUAAAUAAAACUGAGCAUUAAGGAAUAUUUAAAAUUAAAAGUUAUACUUGUAAUUUUGUUUGUAUUCUUAUAAUAAUUAUUAUUUAUUAUAAUGUUCAUAUUAUUCAAAAGUAAUGAAUAAAUUAAUAAUAUCCAAGUUCUUUAAUCAUUUAAAUUCAAAUAGAAUAGGUAAGGUUAGGUUUACUGUUUGAUGCAAGAAGGGCAUUUUCAUGACCAAAUAUCUCUUUUAUUCAAAACUUAGAGUGGUCACAAAGAAUGAGCAGAUCCAAAAGAGUGUCACAUUAGAAACUUCGGUUAUCCUAAAACAUAUUUUUCUAGAAAAUGUCCUUCUUGCACCCAGCUUCUCAAUUAUUUAAAGCAUGUUAAACAAAAUAUAUUUAUGCAGGUGUAUUGUAUUUAGAAAAUAAUUAUUUAAUCCUAUAUUUGUAUUAUUACAUAAAUCAAGCUGCCGGAAACGAUGUGGAGUGAAGAUUUUCAUGUUACUAUGCUUCAAGAGAAUUUUAAAACGUUUGACUCAUUAAUUGCAAAUAAUAUCCCUCUUUUAGGAGAAAUGAUAUGGAAUUUUGCAGAUUUUAAAACACCUCAAGGUAAAUUAAUUUUUAAAACCAUGACGUAUUUUAAAGUUAGUUAUACAUUUGUAUUAAACUAUUUUUUUUAUUUUAGAAUAUAUAAGACCGGGUUUGUGUGUAAAAGGAUUGUUUACCAGGGAACGACAACCGAAGAUGGCUGCAUAUGUGGUCAAAGAACGUUAUAAUAAAUUUACAAGUAAUUCUGCAGUGCAGAAUGAAACCUUAAAGUGUUAUUCAAUGAAUACAUUGCCAUAUGUUAAUCAAAUUGUUUAAUACAGCUAAUAAUAAUAUAUCAGUAGAAGUAUUUGCAAGAGAUGAGUAUUUGAAAACAAACUAGGUAUUAUUUAAUAGUAAAAUUGUUUUAAAA